ACAUCAGCUUAGAUAGCAUACAUUCCCUUGCGCACCCACAUCCUUUCUCUUUCCUCGCAUCAACUUUUCACUUAAACAGAAUAAACCACCACCACCACUACGAGAACCAAGUUCCCGGCGAACCAUGGCAGCCACUGCAGCAGCGGCUGUAGGCUCAUCUUUCUCUUCAUCCAUGAACACCCUCAAAUGCAUUCGCUCUAAGCACUUUCCAUGUGACCCUCUCCUUAGAAUCUCAUCCACACGCGUGUCAGCAUCAAUAUCUCAUUCUUACAGGAUCGAACAGCUUUCAAUCAGCGCCAUCCCGAGCAAGUGGCGGCUCCUGAGGAUAUCAGCUGCUGUUGCCCAAGAAGAGGUGGCGGUGACUGCUGACGUGGACGCGGGGUUGGUUGAGGAGGAAAAUAAGGAAGGAGAGGAAGGAAUAUUGGAUGGAGAGGCUGAUCAGGGCCCUGUGGGCACUAAGCUUUACUUUGGGAAUCUGCCUUACAGUGUUGACAGUGCCCAGCUUGCUGGCAUCAUUCAGGACUUUGGAAGCCCAGAGCUGAUUGAGGUUCUCUAUGAUAGGGAUACUGGCAGAAGUAGAGGAUUUGCAUUUGUGACAAUGAGUAGCAUUGAAGAUUGUAAUGCGGUUAUUGAAAAUCUGGAUGGAAAAGAAUAUAUGGGGCGAACCAUGAGGGUGAAUUUCUCAGACAAACCUAAGCCUAAAGAUCCUCUAUAUCCAGAGACUGAACACAAGCUUUUUGUUGGGAAUUUAUCCUGGUCAGCCACAGCUGAGAGUUUGACCCAAGCAUUUCAGGAGUAUGGGAAUGUGGUUGGAGCAAGGGUUCUGUAUGAUGGGGAGACAGGCAGGUCACGUGGUUAUGGUUUUGUGUGCUAUUCAACCAGAUCAGAGAUGGAAGCUGCCCUUGAAUCUCUUAAUGGAGUGGAACUAGAGGGACGAGCAAUGCGUGUGAGCCUGGCUCAAGGAAAACGAUCAUAGGAUGAACAGCUGGGAUAAAUAUAAAGCAGGUUAAAGAUCAAACUUCCAAGUCAGUGGCUCUUAAGAAAUGAAAAUGAUAUGCUAUUUGGCUAUCACAGUGCAAUGACUUGUGUCAUUGACAAAUCCUUUUCAUUUCUUUUUGUCUAUAAUUCAUGUUCCACCUUUGUUUCUUCCGAGUACAACUGUCACUGUGAAAUUAACCGACUGUCUUUGCCAAUUCUAAUAAUAAUUUUGGUUUUGAUUA